AUGGUUAAAAUUCCAGAAAUCUACCAAGCAAACGCUAGCUUCGGCAAAGACGAUGACAGUUCCCAAGGUCUCAUAUGUGUAUUUGCCGGAGCAACAAGCAACAUCGGUGCUUCUGCUCUCGAAGCACUAGCAGAGAUGUUGCAAUCCCCCACCUUUUACGUGCUGGGGAGAUCAGCGACGAGAUUCGCUACUCAACGCGAGAAGCUCCUCAGUUUAAACCCUCAAAUGAAGCUCGUCUUUUUCGAAGUCGAAACGUCAUUAAUCUCCGAUAUCGAUGCAGCUUGUAAGAAGAUUCUGGAUGCUGAAAAACGAGUGGAUUAUUUGUACAUGAGCCAAGGAUGCAUUCCCUUGAACGUACCACAAUAUACGAAAGAAGGUUUGGAAAUAACUUUCGCCCUGUCGUACUAUACACGGAUGCGACUCCUAACUAAUCUUCUUCCGUUGCUACGCUGUUCUACACGUCCGCGUGUUCUGAGCGUCCUUAAUGCGGGACAAGAGCUGAAAAUGCAAGAUGAGGAUAUCGGUCUUCAGACUCCCGGAAACUUUGGCCCUCGCGUAGCUAUUAACCAUACUACCACGAUGAUGACGCUAGGAUUGGAAUAUUUGUCACAAAGUGACGCAAACCAAAAUAUCACUUUUAUACACUCAUUUCCUGGGUUGGUAGCUAGCGACAACUUUUCUCGAUUGACUGCGCCAAACUCUUUUGGUCUGCUUGCAAGGAUUCUGGUGCCGCUCAUUGGCAAUUUCUUUAGUGUUAUACAGAAGAUCUUUGGUAUCUCAACAGCAGAUUGUGGUGCGAGGCAAGCAUUUCUAUCAACAAGUGAUAGGUUUGAGGGGGGCAAGACAUGGAGGAUAGAUGAUAAGAGCGAGGUUAUAACUUCUUUGAAUGAUGCAUUAGAAUACUAUCGAGAAAGUGGUUGGCGAGAGAAGGUCUUCACGCACACUUUGCAUGUCUUUGAGAAAGCGACGAGUGCUGGAUAG